CAUCAAUGCAACUGGAUUCAUCUCUUGAUUGGAUUAUUAAACACAUUCAGUGGAUUUAAAACCAGCUCAACAUUAUGAUACUAAUAAUAAAAUGAAGUAGCUAGACUUAAAGCUAUGUCACAUGAGGACACAUUCUUAUUAUUUUUUAAGAAGAACUUAUUAAAUAUGAUUCCAGUGCGUCUGAUCUCAGCUUUGAUUGUGGCGUGUGGUUGCUCCGUGCUCGCAGAGGCAAUGCACGCAAACUUCACUUUGGAUAAUGACAUCCAGUUCAGCUUCAUGCAGCGGCGGCUGAAGAGCCAGGAGCGCAGGGAGAUGCAGCGGGAGAUCCUCUCCAUCCUCGGGCUGCCGCACCGGCCCCGUCCGCUCCUGCACGAGAGGCACACCGCGGCUCCCAUGUUCAUGCUUGAUCUCUACAAUCGGUUCGUGUACUCGACCCCGGGAGCCCCGAUGGUGACCCAACAGGACAGUCGCUUCCUCAAUGAUGCCGACCUGGUGAUGAGCUUUGUCAAUCUGGUGGACCCAGAUGACGAUCUCUAUCAUCAGCACCGCAGAGAGUUUCGUUUCGACCUCUCCCGAAUACCGGUGGGAGAAACCCUGACUGCUGCGGAGCUUCGUGUCUACAAGGACUUUGUGAACGAGCGCUAUGAAAAUGAAACUUUCCGUGUCAGUGUGUUCGAGGUGCUCCGACAGCAGCCCAAAAGGGAGCUGUACCUGCUAGACUCGCGAGUGUUGUGGGCAGCAGAAGAGGGUUGGCUGGUUUUUGACCUCAAAGUCACCACUAACCACUGGGUUAUAAACCCAGGUCAGAACUUAGGACUGCAGCUAUCUCUGGAAACUGCACACGGUGAACGAAUAAACCCAAGGAGAGCAGGUCUGGUGGGCAGCCGAGGACCUCAGAACAAACAGCCAUUUAUGGUGGCAUUUUUGAAAGCAUCAGGAAUCCAUCUCCGCAGUGUUCGCUCAGCACCAGGAAACAAACAGAGGGGUCACCAGCGCUCUAAAAACCCCAAACCCGCUGUUGCACCCAGCCAGGUGGAUCUGAAGACAGCGGAGGCUGCAGAGGGCGCCAGCGUAGACCCCAAACAAGGCUGCAAGAAGCAUGAACUGUAUGUCAGCUUCAGAGAUCUGGGAUGGCAGGACUGGAUCAUUGCUCCAGAGGGUUACGCGUCAUACUACUGUGAGGGAGAAUGUGUGUUCCCCUUAAACUCUUAUAUGAAUGCCACAAACCAUGCAAUUGUACAGACACUGGUCCAUUUCAUAAACCCAGAAACAGUCCCGAAGCCCUGCUGUGCUCCAACGCAGUUACACGGAAUCUCAGUUUUGUACUUUGAUGACAGUUCCAACGUAAUAUUGAAAAAGUACCGCAACAUGGUCGUCAGAGCCUGCGGGUGCCACUAAUCUGCCCUGGACAAAAUAAGGGAUGCAAAUACUUUUGACUCUCAAGAGCCCAGAGAGGAAAGAGACUCAUAACUGGAGCAAAACGGGACUUGUCGGAGGAGAGUAAAUCCAAAGCAUACAUUCAAUUUAAAACUCAAAACUCCUGGAGCUGUAUGAGGUUGAGCACAGCCGAGUCAAGUGUGUGGUGCUCUGGCUUUCACUCCUGCUCAGAGACACAAGUUUGGAAUAUCAAAGAGGACAUGAGCAGAUAAAAAGAGACAAAACUGUAAGGAAAAACACAGAUUGCUUUAUUGAGAUUUCAUUACAAAAAAAAUUUAUUUAAUAAUGGGAGGAUUUCUGUAUGUAAUUCACAGAAGUAAUUUCUGGAAAAUUCCUGCCGUGACUGAACUUAUCAGAAAGUCUGAGACCACUGCUAAAAAUGCAUCUAUAUUGGAUUUUCUUAUUUCUUUAUUUUUCUAUUAACAACUAAGCAUAUCAAUGGGAGUUAAAUGUUAAGUGAGAAUAAAGGCAUGCAUUUGAUCUUACGUUGUUGAUCUUAUGCGCUUCAGUGGAUAAAUUCAUAGUCUUAAAUAUCUCUUUUUAAAUUUAAAUCAUAAUGUGCCUGUGUUUAAAACUCUGGUUAUUUCCAGGUUUGAGUUGCAGAAUUUCCAUGUGGUUGCAGAUUUUUAGACCCAAUUGUAUAUUGCACAAGAUGUGAAAUAGACAUGCAAAUGAUGGGUGCCUGUUCCAGGAAGUCAAAGCAAUGGUUUUUGAUUUCACUCUGCUACAUUAUUUGUUACACGCCCUCAUUAUAUUGCAUGUUUAAUUUAGCAAAUACCUUCUAGUUAUCUUGUGAGGUCACAUACAUCGGGGGCGUCAAAGCAGCUGUCAUUAAGAUGAAUGGAAAUGAUAACAGGUUUAUUUUAAACAUCCGUGGGUUGAAUACUAUAUACAGUGAAAACAAAAAUAUUUUAUUACAUAUACCCCUGAGUUAGGAAAUUAAGUCAUUAAUAUUAAUAUAUGAUAAGUUUAUUUUGUCAGCUUUUGGAGUACAGUAUAGAUUUCCACCAGGCUAAUAGACAUGAAGUCAAAAAAUUGAAUAUCAGACAUUGUACAGGGUUUUUAGGAUGUUCUUGAUACAAAUGCAUGUGCAUACAGAAAAAUAUAGACUGCACAACAGAAAUAACUACUGUAAUAUCACAUUUUGUGGCUGUUAGUUGUUAUAAGAAUUUUGAAACGAGGUCUGAUAUGUAUUUUGUGACAUAAUAAACUACUGUUCAAACGUU